AUGUGUCAACUUGAAGUGGUAUUUUAUGCAAUUUUUUGGAAUGAUAUUUUAGAGAGGUUUGAUUUAACAAGCCAUCUUUUACAAGACCCAAAAAUAGUUCUUCAAACUGCUGUAAAUGCCCUUAAUUCUCUUUUAUCAUUUAUUCGAGAAAUACGAAAUAAAUAUGAAGAAUAUGAAGAAAAAGCAAAAGAAAUGUUAGGAUCAAAAGAUUAUGCGCAAAUUCAUAAUCGGAAAAAAAAUGUAAGACUAGGUUCAUUAAAUAGUAAUCAAACAGAAACAACCAAGUUAUCACCAAAAGAAAAAUUUAGAACAGAAAGCUUUAUUUCAGUAGUUGAUCAAUUGAUAGUAUCAUUAACCGAAAGAAUAAGUGCUUAUGAAACAAUUUGUCAACGUUUUGGUUUUUUAAAUAAAAUUCAAAACUUAGAAACUUCUGAGCUACAAUCUGCUGCAAAUUAUCUUGUUAGCAUUUAUCUUAAUGAUUUAGAAUCUUCACUUGGUAACGAAUUUAUACAGUUCGGUUCAUUUGUAAAAAUAUAUAUAGAAACACGUAAAGACAAUGAGCAGUGGGAAAUGUUUUUAUACAGAAUUAUUGAGGAAAAUAAUUUGCAGUGUACAUUUCCUAAUAUAGAAGUAGUGUUGCGAAUAUAUUUAGUUUUGAUGGUGUCCAACUGUAGUGGAGAACGAUCAUUUUCAAAAAUGAAGUUAAUAAAAAAUCGAUUACGAAAUUCGAUGACACAAAGACGACUAUCAGGACUUGCACUGUUAAGUAUCGAAAGUGACAUACUAAGAACAUUAGAUUUUUCUCAAGUAGUUGAAAAAUUUGCGGCAACAAAAUCUCGCAAAGUUAUAAUAUAA